AUGAAUUCUACCCAAUCCCAGGCUUCAACUAAUCCUAAACCCGUCUUGCAUGGUGUAAGAAUUAAACAAAGAAAAGGUGUUCAAAAAGCAAACGCUAAGCACGAGCCUGAGAUUUUUAGAGAAAAUAUACUUGGUCAAUUGAAUACUAUAAAGAAAGGUGAUUUUGAAGCUAUAUCUUCUAAACUUGACUCCCUUGGAAAUACACUUGACUAUCGUAAAUACGGUGAUUCACUCUUUGAAAUCCUUAUAACUGGUGGCAUUAUAGGCAAGUUUAUAUUAUAUGAAGCUGGAGGUAUUAUUAACGAUGAUUCUGAACGAAGCUCUUUCUGCAUUUUUGCAGCAGAAGAUGAUGCCGCCGUGAUUAAAAAAUACGUUGAAGUAUUUAGUAAAUUGAUUCGUCGUUACAAGUAUUUGCAAAGAAUCCUGGGCGAAACCCUCCAUAACCUCUUGCAGUAUAUCAACAAAUGGAAGCCCGAAGAGAACUCCAAGUUGGCCAAAUCAACUAGCUUGUUUAUCUGUAACCAGCUUGUGUCUACAUCCGUGUUGAAGGUUCUUUUUAAGGAUUACCUUGUUAAAGAAGGCCACUCCUUGGACUUUACUACCACCGUGUUCCGUACGAUUAUGGAAGAACAAUCGGUCGAACAGCUCGGCCGUUAUUUGAGCAGCGAAGAUUUGGAUGCUCAUGUUAUUGAAUUUUUCCCUCCUAACAAAAGGGACGAAGAUUGUCUUGUUCGUCAUUUUGAAGCAGAAGAAAUGAAAGGAUUUGUAGACUAUUAUCUCAAGAACAAGAAGAACUCCAAGAAGGGUAGUCUCUUGAAUGAAUUGCAUGAACAACUGAUGAACGAUGCGACUGAAACUGCUGUCAUUAACUUUAUUAAAAGUUCCAUGAAGGAAGCUGGAUUGAACGAAGCAGAGGUGGUGCCAAUCGUUUGGCAAUCCAUCAUUAGUACCCUAGACACCAUGAACGCUCGUCCUGAUCAACUUGAAUCUCAAGUCUUGCGUGCCAUCAAUCGUUGGUCCAAGGUAUUAGAGGCAUUCUCGACCUCACCUAAGACAGAAAUUGUUCUCCUUCAAAAGGCUCAAUUGUCCUGCUACGAAGAUGUCAAGUUGAACAAGUAUUUCCGCAAGAUUGUUCAAACUCUCUACAAGAACGAUGUUCUCUCAGAUAAUGCUAUUCUCUAUUGGAAUGAUAAAGCUCAUCUUGUUCAAGGAAAGACCCUCUUCUUGAAGCAGAUGGAGCCUUUUAUUACUUGGUUAAAGGAAAAUGAUGAAGAUAGCAGUGAUGAAGAAUAA